AGAGGCUAUCGUUGACGAUUGACGUAUCUCAGUACGACAUUUAGCAAGUGUCGCCGUGUGUUUGAUUUCUGUUUCAAUAUUUUUCUUUGAUGUGUGGUGUGCUAUUGACUACUGUUACUUAUUUAUGUAUUUAAUAUAAUUAAUAUUGUUCGUUUAUCCGGACAACAAUUAUAUAAAAGUCCUUAUUUUAGUCUUAGUCCUUAAGUCCUAAUUAUUUAUAUUAUUAAUCACUAAGCAUACGCCGCAAUGGGUCGUCGCAAAUCGAAAAGAAAGCCGCCAGCCAAACGAAAGGCAAUAGAACCUUUGGAUCAACAGUUUAACUGCCCUUUUUGUAAUCACGAAAAGUCUUGUGAAGUCAAAAUGGAUCGAGCAAGGAAUACAGCGCGUAUAGUAUGCCGGGUUUGUUUAGAAGAUUUUCAGACUACCACAAAUGUUUUAUCUGAGCCAAUAGAUGUUUACAAUGACUGGGUAGACGCUUGUGAAAGUGCAAAUUAGUUAUAUUAUGUCCAAUUUAAUUUCAACUACAUUUUAUUAUUGUGUUAUGGAAUCUAUUCAUUCUAAUCAGAUACAAUUUUUAUCUGAUAUCAGGUUAUUACUAAGUACUUGUAAGUGCUCAUUUCUCGAGUUGUUCUAUAGUAAUGUUCUAUUUUAGUUGAGAUUUAUAUGUAAAAAUCUUGUUUUAGUUUAUUGAUUACAAGCUUUUAAAUAAUUUGCUACUGUGGUUGUUAAUAGCCUUUAUGUUAAUCCUCUUUAACAUAGAUAAGCUUAAUAGAAACCAAUUUUGAUUUUUCCAAUAAGAUUAUUCCAUUGUGUAAACAAAGUAUUUAUUAAUGGAAAAAUCCAAAUGUGUAAUAACUAACUUAAAUUUCUCCUGUAGUUCAAAAUGUAUUCUCUACAUUACAAACAUUAAAAAAAGGCAAAAUUGUUUUAAUAUAUUUUAUUUAACAGGAAAGAGCAAAGAUAAAUGUGCUAUGGUACAUCUUCAAUUCCAUCUUUGCUAUAAAUUAUUUAAAAUCUUCACAUUCAGAGAAAAAUAGUUGCUUUAUCCACAUACUACAGAACAUCAAAUUACUGUGCUCGAAAAGCUGAUUUGACUAUGAAUAUAUCUAAUAUUUUAUUGUAUUCCAUUCGCUGAUCAUUUGUUGGAAUGUAAACUUUAUAUACUAUGAUUAAUAAACACUUGAAUAAUUUA